AUGAGAAUGGAUCAUGAAUCUGGAUAUCUUCAAGGACCUUCUUCAUUGUUAUCACCUGUAUAUUUGGAAGGGAAGAACUUAGUGAAAAACAAACUUUUAGAUGAACCUUUUGCCAAAACGUCUUCAGCUUCCAGUACACUUUCUUCGCUCUCAUUAAAUAACGAGUCAUUAAAAUCAUCCAUCAGUCUUUCAUAUACAGGUUCAGUCCUACAUUGUGAUCAUAAAGAAACAAUCAGACCUAAUGGUAAACAUCAUGAGGCGAAACAAACAAGUGAUGCCAGUCCACUUAAAUCAACCCCUAUUGACUGGUUAAAAGACGCUAUAAUCAAAAUUUCAGAUACUAGUUUUCAAGAUAUACUAGAAUGUACGGUUGGGGAUUCUAUUAAAAGCAAUCCUAUUCAUAAUACAUUUGGUGAUUUACUGACAUACGAACGCGGAGAUACCUACAAACAACUAAAACUAGGGUUAAUUAGCUGUAUAUCCUCUUCUAUAGUCGAUGGCAGUCCAUCUAAAGAAAAGAAGAUUAUUUUGGGACAAUCAAUUCACGCUUGUAUUGAUAAAGAUCCAGAAUUUAUACUUAAAGCGGCUUUGUAUUGCCGUAGAGAGUUGAAUAUACGCACAACGACCAAUAUGUUAAUAGCUAUUGCUAGCUGUAAUGAGCGGUCUCGAUCUUUUAUUAAGAAGUACUUUUCUUCGUGUAUUCGUACACCGUCAGACUGGAUAGAGGUUGCCGAAUACUACGCAACAAUAAGUGGCAAUUUCAGUUUGAAAGGUAUUCCAAAGGUCUUACGAAGUAGUAUGACGUCAAAGUUUCUUGAAUUCGAUCAGUACCAACUUGCUAAACAUUCCAAACACAGGGCAAGAGCUAAUCGUUCAACAAAAUCGAAGGCACUGAAAAAAAGCCGGAAUAGUGCAGUAGUCAGUACGGAUAUUGAUGUCAUUAUAUAUAGAUUGGCACAUUCACCUCGUAUAUAUUUUACAAUAAAGGAGCUUAUUCGUAGAUUGCAUAUAUCAAAGCCUAAGUUUAACGUUAUGUGCGUUCUGGGAAAACCUUACCCAUCAGAUAGCACUGAUUUUAUUCGUAUGGGACUGGAAGGAGAUUGGGAUUCAUCCAAAGCAGGUACACGUAUGAAGUUUCCUGUUCCUGUUACAUGGGAAACAGAAUUAUCAGUCAAUGGUAACAAUUCAGAUUCUUGGUCAAAACUUAUAACUUUAAAUAAAGUCCCACAUAUGGCACUGUUAAGAAAUUUGCGAAAUAUUUUCCUAUCCAAUGUUCAAGAUAGUAUUCAUGAGAUAGUCUUGAAGAGGCUUACAGAUCCUCGUAUUAUUAUGGAAGGGAAACAGUUUCCAUUCCGUUAUUUCGCGGCUUUUGAUACUAUUGAUAAAUUAAAACGCGACUUAUAUUAUCAUCGAUUUGUAAUGCGUACCACAGUUACAGAAAUAAUGAAACGUAAGAAAACGACACCUAGGCAAUUGAAAAAGUCAGAAUGGUUAGAGAAGUCCAUGAAAAAGGGAAUCGGCAAGUUUUUGCUUUGCGAUUUCAAAAUGUUGGACCGGUAUAAAAAUGCGUUAAGUACCGCUUUGGAAUUAUCAAUGAAGCAUAAUUUACCACCAAUAUGUGGUUCAACAUUAAUUAUAUGUUCUACUAGUAAAUAUGUCAAUUCUUCUAAGCAUAAGUCAUCAAAAUCUUAUAUAAAAAUUCUAGGCUUCCUUCUUGGUGCAAUGUGUACGUCGAUAUGUGAAACACCUACAACCUAUGUUACAGUUGAUGAUCAAUACAAUCUAACCCCAAUUGAAGUUGUAUUGAGAGGAAAACAGACUUUAAACAAUUAUGAUAAAGAUUCAGAUGUUUGCGGCUGGAAACAAAAUGAAUAUCGAUCUAAACGUAAAAGUAUGGGCAUUUUAGAAAGAACAAAGCAAAUGUAUAAAAGACGUAAGUCACUUAGAUCUACUUCAAUUACGACUGUUUUUGAGAAACUCUAUGCUUAUCGGAAACAGUUUGAUAAAAUUGUUGUCUUUGGCGAUUGUCAUAAGGAAAUUGUUGAUUAUGUUAUCAAUUAUCGGACAUACAUUGGACCAUUGAAAGCAAUCUGGGGGAAUUUGAGCGGUGAAGACGUAUGGCCAAAUUCAUGUAGUAAAGAUGGUUGGAUUGAAUUCAAAGGAUGUACAGAUCAAAUUCUACGUUAUAUUGCUGAACCAAAUGAAGAUAAAUUACUUGAACGUAUUGAAGAAAUAGAUGAAAUCUAUGGAUUAAAUAAAAAUAUUUCAUAUCAUUUUAAUUUAAAAACAAAAACACAAGAAAAUCUUGAUAAUAGUAUAUUAUCUAAACAUGAUUAUUUUAGAUCAGGAUGGAAAUGCUGUCAGUUGUUUAUUUCAUCUACAUUUCGUGAUAUGCACGCUGAACGUGAUCUAUUAUGUGGUAUACUUGUACCUGCUUUACGUAGAAAUGUUGCGUUAGGUUUACGUGUACAUUUAAAUGAAAUUGAUUUACGUUGGGGUGUUCCUGAACCAGUUACAUACAAUUCACAAGCAUUACAGAUAUGUUUAGAACAAGCGGCUGCUAGUGAUAUUUUUGUCUUAUUAUUGGGUGAUCGUUAUGGUUGUAUACCAGACGAAACUGAAGUUAUGGCAUUACCUGAAUCAUUAUUAUCUGAAGUGUGUAAAUUUUAUAAACCUGGAAUGUCUAUGACUGAAAUGGAAUAUCAUAUGGCUAGACAAGCUGCCAUAUCUAAAGUCCCUAUUCAUGAAAGACGACAGCAGAAUACAAUAAGUUUCCAUGAGGCGAUACGUCUUCGAAUUUGUGUUUUCAUUAGAGAUUCAGCAUCUAUAGAAAAUGUACCAGAUGAAUUAAAACAUUAUUUUGAAGAAUAUGAUAUUGAAAAACGUAAUCGUCUUAACGCAUUCAAAGAAUUAAUUCGUAAUGAUGGUGUUAUUAUUAGUUAUAAUUAUUCAGCUCAAUUCAAUGGUUUAAUAAAUGAUUAUCCAGUAAUGGGGAAUUUAGAUGAAUUCGGAAGUCAAUUUCUUGCAACUGUUAAAUCUUUACUUCUACGUCUAUUUCAUAAUGAUAAUGAUAAUACUCCAAUAUAUAAUAAUGAUCAUAAUUUGCCUAUAACUGCUAAUAAAUCAUUGAAUACUAUUGAAUUCUUACGAGAAUAUGUUUAUUCAGCUGCUUGCGCUAUUGGACCACGUCAUCUCCUUGAAGUGGAACAAGCCUUUAAUUCAUUAACUGAACGUGGUCGUCGAGCUCAUUUAACUCGUGCAAUCCAAUCAACUGAAAACAAAUUGAGUGUGCAAAACAAUUCAAACUAUCCAACAAACCUUCAAGGUUGUGAUGGUAGUAUCCUUUUAAUUGUUGGAUCAAAUGGUAGUGGUAAAACUACUUAUUUAUCAGCUUUAACAUUAUCCCUAAUAGAAUCUAAUUGGUAUAAAUCCAUUCCCAUGAAUAAAACAAUACAAAAUAAGUUUACUACUAAAUUAAAUUCAACUGGAUCAUUCAUGAAUGAUUCAAUAGAUCAUUCAAAAUUGAUUACAUCACAACGUCCAUUAUUUGUUAAACAUCAAAUAUUGAUACAUUUUUGUAAUGGUCUAUCCAUAACUGGUUUACCAUCAAAUAAGAAAUUGAAUGAAAUCCUUCAGUAUUGGUUAAAUCUAUUAAUUAUUCAACUUGAUAAUAUUUGUAAUUGUAAUGAUAUUCUUAAAAAAUUAUUGAAUGAAUUGAAAUUAUCUUUCAAUGUGGAUAAAAUCUCUUCUAAUAUGGAUUUAAAAUUCUAUAUUCAGUGCUUUGCACGUUUCAUUAACUUUCUUGGUUACUUAAAUGAUAUUCAGUUCGCCUUUUUAAUUGAUGACUGUGAUCAAUUGGAACCAAUGACCUUAGAAUGGUUACCACAAAUUUUACCCAAGAAUGUUCGAUUUGUUUUAACAUGUGAUUCCAAAUCAUCAGUUGCUCGUAAUUUAUGCAAUCGAAUUGAUUGCCAACUGUUAACUGUAUCUGGACUAACUACACACGAACGUGGUGCAGCUGUACGUAGUUUACUCGGAAAAUAUGGAAAAGUAUUAAAUGAAUCCGGUUUUCGAAAUCAGUUAUCUGUUUUAAUUCAAAAACGGGAUGCAAGCAUUCCACUUUAUUUGAAAUUGGCUUGUGAUGAAUUACGUUUGUACAGUAAUUAUGAACAGUUAGAUGCAAAAUUAAAACAACUACCUGAUACAAUCUCCAGUUUAGUGAUAGAUGUUAUCAAACGAGUUGAAUGUAGUUGUGGAUCAGAAUUAACUCGUAUUACACUUGGUCUACUUACUUGCUCUCGUCAACCAUUAUCAACAGAAGAAUUACAUAAUUUAAUUGAUGAAUGGUUAAUUGAAUCAUGGAUGGAAGAACAGUACAAAAAUGGUUAUACAGAUUCUUGGCAAGAAUUAAAAGUACCAUUGGAUAAUCUUGAUAAUAUAAUGUCAAAUGAGAAGAUUAUUUAUCGAAUAAUCAAUGAUCAAUUCAAUAAUAAAAAUAAGCCUAUGUUAUCUAAAGGACAACCACAUUUACCGUCACUUUUAUUGUAUAUCUUAUUAACUGGUCUUCAUCCUUUACUUUCUGGUUUCACUGAUGAAAGAUCUGAUAUUGAUGAAAUUGACGAAGAGUUACCAUUUGAUGAUUCUAUGCAAACAAUCAAACAAAAAAAGCUUACUAUAUGGAAUCUUGGAUCAAGAGCAUUAUCAUUUAGCAGUCGUGAAAUACACAAUCUAGUCUAUGAUAUUUGUUUUAGUCAAUCAAAAUAUAGUAUAGGUCAUAAAAAAUAUGAAUAUUCUUUUAAAAAUAAUCAAACCAAGAAUUGUAAUAAACGUGCAAAAUAUAGUGAAAGUAUACCCGAUGAUAAAAUUCAUCUGAAGACAGUGACUCUUCAAACUAUACAUAAUAUUUUAGCUUCAAAAUUACGAAAUAUGAAAGAUUUAAUUUAUCACUUACAUCAUGCCGGUCGAUUAAAUGAAGUUGUUUGUUUACUCACUAGUCCAGCGUUUCUUAUUCAUCAAAUUGAAUCUGGAUAUGGUUUGACAUUGUUAGACGAUAUGAAUAGAUACAUUACAACUACUACUACUACACAUCAUCAAUCUGAAUCAAACAAUAUUCCUACUUCAUUAGAUUUUAUGAGAGAUAAAAUUAGAACCAUGCAAAGAUUUCUUGCAUCGAAUUAUGAAUUUUUAAUUAAACAUCCGUAUUCAUUCACUGAAUUGGCUAUCAAUCAAGAUGUUGAUGAAUGGAUUCAUACAAUUGGAUAUGCAUCUUUACUCAGUUCAAAUUAUCAAGAAAAAAUCAAUGGUGACUUAUGUAAAAAAUUUUUCCGUAUUAAAUUAAAUACUAAUGACAAUUCAUGUAUCCUACCGAAAAUUAUUCAACCAAUUGCAAUUCAUAAACCAGUCACACCAUUAACUGGUUCUCAAGAUAUCCCAAUUGCAAUUGAACUUGAUCGAACAGGUAAUUUAUUAGCUUAUGGAACUGAGUCUGGCACAGUUACUGUUGUUGAGGUGCAAUCAUUUAAAACAUUAUGUUCAUUUCUUGGACAUAAUAUGCCAAUACUUAGUUUAUGUUUUCUUGAUGAUGUUGACAGUUCUACGGUUAGAUCAUACAGUAUUCCCAGUUCACAAUUAUGGUUAGUUAGUACUAGUCAAGAUGCUAGUAUACUUAUUUGGGAUUUAUCGAAUGUGAUAAAAAGUGUUACAUGUGGAAUUACAACCAGUACCAGUUCUCAAUUGUGCUCUUUAGGUGGAUAUCAUAACAAACCUGUGACUGUAUCUGCUUGGCAUCCGAAACGCCGUCUUUUGGCUACUGGUGGUUUAGAUUGUUUAAUUUGUUUAUGGGAAGUUGGUGAAUUGGGAUUUGGAUCAUAUUUUACAUCGAUAUCAUCUGGUUGCAAAAAAAUUAAACCGAGUAAAAAACUGAAUAUCAAAUCGUCUAUUAAUUCAAUCGCUUUUCGUUUACCGAAUUAUGCAUCGGAUAGUGAAAAAUCUAUUCCUCCUGAAUAUUUACGUGAUGUUUUAGCAGUGGGAUGUUGGGAUGGUUCCGUCCAUUUUUAUAGUCUCAUAUCUAUGAGUUGGAUAAAGUCUCUUGCAAUCUCAUCAUCUGCUAUUUGUUCACUGGCUUACUCGCCAAAUAAUGGAAGAUUAUUAGCUAUUCUUGAUAGAGAAGGUCAAAGUUUCAUUUUGAAUGCGGAUACAUUUGUAUAUCUAGGUCGGUUAACUGAAAAUGUCAGUUUCUCAUCAAUUAAUGAAUUCACUAGUCUUGAUGAACUGCAUCAUUUAUUACCGAGUCAAAAGGGAGUAUUAUGUUUCUCUAAACCAACUGGACGCUAUCUUAUUCAAACUGGCGGUGGGUCAUCAGUUGGUCGAAUUAAUGUUUGGAAUGCUCAUCUCGGUGCACCUGAAGGUCCAUGGAUUAAUGUUAUUCAAAAUAAGAAAGAAAUGAAACGAACUGUACUCGCCACAACCUAUACUAUUGACAUAAGUGGAAAACACAUAAUAAUUGGAUGGAAUGAUGGUCUCUUCACUAUUGUUCUAAUAACCAAUGGUGAAACUAUAUUCAGUUCGGAUAAAUUAAUUCCUCUGAUAAACGAUAAUUCAUCUGUUCAAGCUAUCGCUUGUGGUAUUUCACCUUAUUGCGAUGAUGCUAAUCUUGUCAUUAUUGGCUGGUCAUCUGGUGCGGUUAGAUUAUAUCAUUUUAGUUUUAGGCCCGGUAUUAAAUCAAAACGGGAUGAUAAUUCCACUGUUCAGUCUGACUUGCAUUCUAUUUGCGAUGUAUCCAUUGUACCUUUGUAUACUUCUUGGUCACAUUCUAUUGAACAUGCAGAGAAUGGGACAGGUGAAGCUGGUGGUACUCUAUGCGCAGCUGCUUCCGAUUUUAUCGCAGUUAGCGGAGGUGGAAAUUGUGAAGUAUGGGUAUAUUUUGUUGGUUCCGUGUUAGAAAAUCCUUUAGUGAAAUCAUUUUGUUUUCGAGAACAUAGUAGUCAAAUAACUGCUGUCGCAGUACAAAUGGGUUUUAUAGCCACAGGCUCGAAAGAUAAAAAUGUAGCUAUCUACAAAUAUGAUUCAAAUAGUACAACUGUAACACUUCAAUACAUCAUAUAUAAUGCUUCUAAAGAUUGGAUUAUAUCAUUGAAAUGGUCAUAUAUUUUGUAUAAAAUGUCUGACAGAAAACUAACAUUACUUGUUGGAAGUAAUGAUCAGUUAAUUCGUUUAUAUAGAAUUAAAUCAAAGAAAUAUAAAUUGAAACAAACACUUGUUUCAGAUCAAUCUGGUAUUAAAUCACUUGAUUUCAAUUUUCCUUAUAUUUUUUCUGCUACAUCUAAUGGUCAUAUAAGUGUAUGGCGAUAUGGUAAAAAUGGAAAUUUUGAACUUAUCAGUGAAAUGAUUAUAUCAUCACCGUUAGACAACUUGAACUCGAAUACAACCAAUGAGAAUGUUGUAAAUCUUAUUAAAAUUCAAUCAUUUGAAUAUACUCCAUGUUAUAAUUCAUCGACCAAUGAAAGUGUCAUCAAUACCUGCGAUGAACUAGAACCUCAUCAAAGUGAAGAUUCUGUGGUAGAUACUUUGGAGUUCAGUAAUAGAUCAAGUUCACCAUUGUCUAAUGAAGAUGACAGUUCACAGCAUCAUGGUAUUACGGAUGAAAAUUUAUUUGGAGACAAAAAUAGCAUGAAAGGAACUUCUGACUAUGAUGAAUUAAUGGAUGAGGGUUCCGAUGAAACACCAAGUCAAUGCUCAGAGAAAGAUUUAAUGACUGUGGAUAAAUGUAAUAAUGUUGCUUUCAAUGGUGAUCUAUCAACAGGAUUUCAAAUGUUUGACAAAUAUAUUAAUCGUCCUGGUUCCUCGUCAGAAUUACUUAAUGGGACUAAUGUGAAAAUUUUGAUUGGCCAAACAAUAUCCGGUUCACGUAAUAUUCAAGAGUUUCAAUUUCGAGUGUAUGAACCGUCACUUACAGGAUAUCAUGCUACUCUAAGUGGUCAUGCUGGCCUAAUUCCGUGUGGAUUAAGUUGUACAAAGCCUCUAAAUUCAAAUAAUGAUGAUACAUUACUUAUCAGUGUAGCUGGUCAAAAUUGUGAUUCUAAAACCAUUGGCUGUGAUAUUCGACUAUGGAAUUUGCCUUUAUCGAAUAAUUCUUCAUUAUGUAAACCAACUCUUCAACAUACUGGACCAAUUAUAUGUGCUAAUUAUUUAAAUGUAACAAAGAAUUUACAACUUUGUAUAACUGGUUCAGUUGAUGGUGAUUGUAUUAUUUGGGCUGUUUACGAUUCAUCAACUUCUCAAUCAAUAAAUCCUAUGGCAACUACUACUACUACUACAUAUCAACCAUUGAUACGUUUAACUCAUUCAUAUAUGAAACCAAGAUAUAGUAUAAAUAGUAUUGUUACACAAAGAGGGAUAAUGGAUAAUGAAAAAACUAAAAUCGAUUAUUUCAUUUAUAUUGCUUUCGGUUAUGAAAUUUUAACAUUACAUAUCCAACUGAACCAUGAUAGUUUAAUGAAUGAAAUAGAUUUAGAAAAUAUUAUAUUAGAAUUAUUUUCUAAUAGGAAACAAUUAAAUAUUAAUUUUAUUGAAUUAAAUACAUUAUGGUCAAUUCAAACAAUGGAUGGUUAUGCGGAAAUUCAAAGAUUUAAAACAGACCAUAUCGUUGUUGAAAUGUCUACUUUGCAUCAUGAACCAGUUCAUAUGAAUCAGUGUGGUGUUGUAGCACUAUUGUCCAAUGGUGAAGUGGUCAUUAUUCCAUUUAAACAUACAGACAAUGAACUCUUUCACCUUCGUGUUCGAGAUAAUUGUAAUCUAUCAAGUCAUUGGUGCAGUUCAAUAUGUACAUAUCAGGAUGGUAUACUUGUAGCACAUAAUGGAUCAGCUUUAUUUCAUCCAUUUGAUGAUAGUACACAUGUAUUCACACCACUUCCGGGAUCCAUCAAUAAUUUGGAAAAUAUCCAUAUUGACAGAAUUGAACCACUUUGUUUACCUAAUGGAAAUAGUUUCAAGUUACUUUAUAUUGUAACAAGCAAAUUAGAAUCUGAACCACGGAUUAUUUUCUUUAAUAAUAAUGAGCAUAUGUUAUUGAAUAUUUCGCUGGAAGGAACGGAUUUACAAGUCACUGCUUACUGUAUCACUUCAACUCAUUUCGCCAAUAAAACUUUAAUAGUGUAUUUAUUGUUGGCAACGUCGGACAGUUUUUUACGUCUGUUUAAAUGUUCUAUCAAUGAUUCUGAUGAAUCAGAAUCAAGCAAAUGGGAACAGAUCAAAAUUUAUCCAACUGGUGAGCAGAUUAAGAACUUCACUGCCAGUCAUCCCAUUGUAAAAAUAUCUCCACGUUAUGCUAAACCUAAUCAUUUAGAACAAUGUGAAAUUAUUGCUGUCCUCGUCAAUGGUGAUGUAAUUGUUGUAACAAGUAAUGGACGUGAAAACUUUUUAUUUGAUCAAUGUACUGUACAAAAUGGUUUAUGGUGCUCAUCAAUAGGUACCAAUGAUGCUGGAAUUUUCACUACACGUUCAGGCAUGACUUUUGUAUGCAAACACACUGAUGAAAGUCGUACAUUUCGUCGUAUUUCAGGAUACAUGGGAUCAUGUGAAAAAGAAAUGUGGAUAAAUUCAUUGAGUGUUCUACGUACCGUACUAGCAGAAGGAGGUCAUUUCUUGUAUUUGGCUGAAUGUCAUCUUAUCAAUUGUUGGAAAAUUCUCAUUUGUAAUGAAAAUGGUGAUUUGGUGACAGAUUUUACACUUGAUAAUUCAUCAAUAAAAGUCACUGGAUAUUGUGCGAAAUUGCUAUCACUGACUGAAGACAAUUGUUCAACAUUAAUCUAUCUUAUAAUUUCAACAUCAGAUAAUAUUUUACAUGUUCUAAGAUGUACAAUAAACAAUCCAAUCACAGUGGUGAAUUCAAACCAGUGGAAACAAGUAAGACUGAUAGGGAAUAAGUUAACUAGUAAAUAUGUUCAUUUUAUGCAUAUCAUCUUCACUUAUCUGUACAAAUUGAAUGUUAUUAGACACAGUUAGUUAUUUUAGUUCAUUUGUCAAUCGACAAUUCAAUGAAUUAAUGUAAUCCUAUUGAAAAUGUGUAACUACUCAUAUUCAUGUUUGUCUACAUAAGUUGAAAUGGAUUCCUGGUUGUUUGUAUUAGUUAUUGAUUAUGUAAUUCUAGAAUUGUAGUUCUUUUAUUAUUAGUUCAUGUUUAUACAGUGUUAACUAAACUGAUAUCUUUCUAUCUUUUCUCUCUCUCCUUCUUUUGUUAUUUGGUCUUUUUUUUAAAAUAAAAAUAAUGUGUUUCUGUGUUUGAUUUAACUUAUUACCAUCGAGUUUUGCAACAAUUUCAUCAUGAAAUAAUGUAAGUUAGGGGACUUAGUGAAGUGGUGAGAAGUAGAAGUUUGUGCAAUACUGAGGAGUUUUGUAUGUAAAAUAAAACAAAUACCUAGUACUUGGUGAUUUUUGUUUCGUAAUCAUUAUCUUUUUCAAACAAUAUUUUUCGAAUGAGUAUAUUCAAUUUGUGCAGUGACGAUCCCAAUCAUACUCAUAGUUUUGCAACGAAAUUAGAACGGUUUGAUCAUGUCACUUACUUAUUUGUUCCUGUUACGCCCCUUGUACAACAUAGGAUACUCAUCAGCAUUUUCCAUCCAAUCUUGUCCUGGGAAGUCCUUCUCAGUUAUUUCCAGUUGUUAUUGAUCCUUUUGAUGUCUGCUUCCCGUUCCCAAUGUAGCUGGUUCUUUGGUUUUCCUCUUUUCCGUUUCCCUUCAGGAUUCCAAGUUAGUGCUUGCCUCGUGAUGCAGUUUGAUGGAUUCCGUAAUCCUGUCCACUCCCAACGUCUUUUCCUAAUUUCCUCUUCAGCUGGAGGCUGAUUUGUUCUCUCCCAUAGCAGGCUGUUGUUGAUGUUAUCUGACCGACGGACAUUGAGUAUCUUGUGUAGAAAAUUGUUUAUAAAUACUUGUAUCUUUUUGAUGAUUUGAUUUUAGUAGUUUGCCAAAUUUCACCUCCAUACAAUAGCACAGUCUUGACGUUUUUAUUGAAGAUGCUGAUUUUUAUGUUGGCUUGCAGUUAUUUUUAGUUGCAGAAGUUCUUCAAUUGUAGGAAUAUUACCCUUUCUUUGCAAAUCCAUGCCUUCACAUCUACACCAGAUCCACAUUGUUUAUUAAUGAUGCUAUUAUUCUGGUUAAUAAAAUUCUAACUUUUUAAAUCACUAAUAAACAUUAAUUUAUUUUACUGUUAACAUCUUGUUUGAUUAAGCAGUUAUUACCUAACGAUGGUUUAUAAAUUUGAUUUUUUUCGAUUAAUGUUAGUGUACGAUGUGAAUUAGCUACGGAACAUUGUUGAUCUCUUUUGUUACUUGGACAAAUGUUGUUUUAGUAUCGUUUAAACUCUCGUCGUUUGACAACUGCCUAAUGUGUUCAUUAAGUCAUUCAAUUGGCAUUUAUUAAGCUUGAAUAGUUUGAGAUCAACCCUAAAACUCCCUCAUUCAUAAGUUUCAGAUAUUCGAAAUUGAUAAUUGACUGAAAUUUUGAGGACAGAAUAAGUUAUAUUACAUUGAAGUACAUUUCUCACCAUUAUCACUACAUAAUUCCUCCUGUUUACAUAGUAAUGUGCCGAUGAAAGUCUUUCCUACUUAAAAACAUUAAGCCUUUUUAGUGACCUAAUCUAUUCAAUUAGAUUGUGUUGAGUAUAUUUGCUAUGAGAUAUAUUUAGUUAGUGAAUCUCAAGAGGAUUGUCUCGUGUAAUUCAGGACUCGUCAUCUGAAUAUAUCCGCAUUCCAGUGUUGAUGUUCACACUAAGACUCGACCCUCACUAAUAGGUUGUGUUGAUUUCAAGUUGAAAUAGAUUUUAGAUGGCAUAUUCCAAUAUUAGUACUAUGAUAUAAUCAAUGCGAAUAAAAGUGAUCUAUAUUUGUCCAAUAAAUUAUCAAUUAUACAGAUUAUCUAACCAGACUGUAUUAAUUUAAUACAUAUUAAAAUAGGUUGCUUCAUUAUAUUCUGAUAAUAACUAAGUGAAAUAGUCUUGUUUCACAAGUUUACGUGAUGAAAACCUUCUGUAAAAUUACAUAUAGGUUUAUACUAUUUUACCUAUUUGCAAUUAGCUUCCGUUGCUUAUUAAUCGUCAAAUGAAGAAUAUAUAAAAUCACUUAAAAGCUGUUUAGUCUUAGAUUAGUUCUCUUCAGCAAUCCUGCAUAGGAUGGUGUUGUGUAGCUUUGAAUUUCACAUUGAAUUCAAUAUCUUUUGAUGAUUGAAUUCAUGUCCAUUAGUCUACGAUUUCAACUUUAGUCAAUUCAAGUGAACACUAUCAGUGAAUAGUAGACGACUGUCUCAUACUCAAAAUCGUUCGACUUUACUCACUCUUUUAUUUUACAAUGAUAGUUUUCUUUAUAAUUGAAGUCCUUUAGUCAAUCAGUCAAUGGAAAUGAAUGAGUUCGUCGUAUAAAAAAGUAUAAGACAGUUUUGUAAUUAAAGUCAGGGAAACGUGAAUGCAUCUUGACUAUAGCUCGACCGUAGCUGCUACCUUGAUGUGUGGUCGGACUUGCCUAUCGUGAUGACCCAACCGAGCUAUAUUGGCUGGAACAUACUUUCCUGUAGGUUCUACCAUGCUAGGCAGGUCGUUUGGAGAACGGUAACACUAAAAGCAGCAACUCAAGGUCUGAGGGCGAAGUCGUACUGCUGACUGUAGAGGUGUGUGACAGCAUUAAGGUGUUUCCCUCGGACAACCAGUAUCUGCAACGAUGCUGUCUUCUCACAAGGAAGGAGGGGGUUAGAAAAGGUCGACCCUAAAAAUGUCACUCCUCACCUUACCUCAUGGGUUUCCGUCUCUGGCGGUAAGGCCCUUUGAAGAACGGAGCUAACACAUCAAAAAUCUCCCACAAAAUGGCCUUGCGUGACCGACCUCAAGCAGUUGUCCCUUGGACUCUGCGGUCACGCUCCCAGGUCGUUAAGAUCAACAUUAAUCCAACUUCCUUUUCAGGUCCCUCAAGAAAUACCCUUCCACGGUGUGGGCAGCCAGGAAGUGAUAUCAGCCCUCAUACCCGUAACAGCACUCAAUACCAAGUUGAUCACAUUCAAAUCGUUCCUACACCUUCUAAUAACUCUCUUGUCUCCACGACUAACCCUACUCACGUCCAUUUAUCACCUCGCACCGUUAGGGCCAUACCACAUCUCUAUGCUAAUGUGGUAUGGCAACUCGAACUGAUGUGUGUAUGCACGAAGUUCUACGUUGUGACUGACUGACUUGAGUAUAGCGAUUUAUUCUAAGCCAUAUCAAAUGUCUUCAACCAUUGGUCAAUAUAAACAUGCGAACCCAAACUAAUUAAUCUGCAGUUAUCAACCUGUUUCAGACCAAUUGCAAGUGACUUCCUCAAUCGAUGUCACGUUUAUAAGUCAACAUGUAUAGAAUGUGUGAUUAUCAUCCACACUUUCUAUUUCAUUUAAUUUCCUUGUUUCAAUAAUCAAUUGUAUUAAUUGAAGUUACUAUAUUGAAAGUAUUCAAUUUUUAAUAAUAAAUAUUUUCAUAGUUGAAAGCGUGAGUCAAUUGAAGCUAGAUCAUCAGGGAAAACUUGGAAACACUGGACGGCAGUGACCAGUGGAGUUCAAACCACGUCUGUUGUGAGAUAAGAACUCACUGAAGACAAUUGGUGAACGGUUGCUCAACUUUUUGGAUUGGUUAGAGUUAGACAUAAACACCAUGGGAUGUCGGCCCAGUGGUCUAUCGGUUAAGUGCUCUGGCGCGAGACUGGUAGGUCCUGGGUUGGAAUCUCACGAGACGAGGUCGUGGAUGAGCACUGUUGAAGAGUCCCACAAUAGGACGAGUUGACCGUCAAUCAGUGCUUCCAGGUUUUCCUUGCUGGUCUAGCUUCAAUUGACUCACACUUUCAACUAUGAAAAUACUAAAUCUCCACAAAAAACCCUUCUAAUAAUGAAUAUAAUUUUUUCAUAGGUUGCUAUGUAUCCAGUUGAAACAGAAAUUACUCAACUUUAUACUCUUGAUGAUAGUCAAUUAAAAAUUCUUGCCGGUGAUAGACAAGGACAAAUUCAUUAUUUCGUGCUAUUGUGAUAUGUACACACACAUACAUACAUACAUACAUACAUAGAAAGUUUGUAUGUUGAAAAACUGUUUUGUUUCUAAUUGAAUAAUGUUUUUUCUGUUAAUUUUACUUUUUAUAUUUUACCAUAGAACUAACUUCUUUCUUUCUUUCAUAAUUAUUCCCUGAAUGAUCUAUGCAAAUAAAUAAUCAUAAUGGGAUUGUUAGAUUUUAAAUAUGUCAACCUGUUCUUUUAAAGUAUAUCUAUUUACCG